AUGAUGGAGUUGGGGGGUGUGUCCUAUCUGACAGAGGAGUGUCUUUUACAAGCCACGCCCACCUGCCUUGGGUGCUUCAUGGAGACCCGGGACCCCGCACUUAUCCAUGACCCCGCCCCUGUCCAUGACCCCGCCCCUAUCCAUGACCCUGCCCCUAUCCAUGACCCCGCUCCUAUCCAUGACCCCGGCCCCACGACUCCUGACCUUGACCGCGAGGCAGGGCUGGUAAGCCACCAGGACUUGGAGGCUGCUUCCUGCCCUAUCUCUGAAAUCCGCAGCAUCAAUAUCCCAUGUCUGAGCCAGGCUGGGGAGGUCAUAGAGGUCCUCGGGGAGCCGCUCCUGCCAGACCAGCUUCUCAGCUUCUCCAUGACCAAAACCUGCCACGCCACCGCCCUCACUACCGCCCUCGUUACCGCUAACGACAAGACAGGAGACAACGGAGAGAAGACAGAGGCAGAGGAUCCCACGACCAAGAAUCUGUAUGAGGGCCUCCUAUUGGACACGAUGAACAGAGAGGAGGGCCUCCUAUUGGACAAGAUGAACAGAGAGGAGGGCCUCCUAUUGGACAAGAUGAACAGAGAGGAGGGCCUCCUAUUGGACAAAGUGAAUGUGGAGGAAAUGCUGCUAUUGGACAAGGUCAACGGGGGGGGAGUGUUGCUAUUGGACAAAGUGAAUGGGGAGAAGGUGCUGCUAUUGGACAAGGUCCCCAGGGAGGAAGUGUUGCUAUUGGACAAGAUGAACAGAGAGGAGGUCCUCUUAUUGGACAAAGUGAAAGGGGAGGAGGUGCUGCUAUCGGACAAGGUCAGCGGGGGGGAAGUGUUGCUAUUGGACAAAGUGAACAGAGAGGAGGUCCUCUUAUUGGACAAAGUGAAAGGGGAGGAGGUUCUGCUAUCGGACAAGGUCAGCGGUGAGGAGGUCCUUCUGGCCAAUGCGGGUCAGGACUGGGGUUACUUCGAGUCGUUUAUCAGUGAGUCCAAGAUGGAGCUGCUGGACCUGUGUUCUAAGACCGACCUGUCAGUCAACCUGUUCUCCGAAGACGACGUUGACAACCUGUUUGACGACGACGACGAGGACUCAGCUCUGAGCAGCGAAAUGUGUUCUCUAAAGAUCCGCUACGAGUCCUUCCAGGACAACAUGAGAGAGAAGACCAACGUCCUGCAGGAGGACACACAGUUCAACUUCUUCCCCUCUGUCCUGGUCAACUGUGCCAAGAGGGAGGAUGGUGGGAAGGUGGGGGAUGUUAGUCCCCUAGUGGGGUCUCAGGGGUCCCAGGGUUCACCCCUCUCCUCCACCUCCUCUGUCAACUACUUGCUGGAGUUCAGAAACUCAGUCGAGGAGGACGCGGAGUACAGCGAUGAGUCCUCCUGCACCUCCUCGGACACCCUGCAGGAGGUGCAACCGGGCCAGAGGAGGGGAGGAGGAGGAAGUGCACCCAGGGGUUCCAGGAGACCCUCUGACCCUCUGGACUUCGGCCUGCGCUCCAAAAGGAAGGUCCACUACAGUGACGACUUCCUGUACGACGUCGACUCCAUUGACAGCCACGACAAGACCGAGAGAAUUGCCUCGGAGAAGAGAGAGAAGGUUCCGGUGGAACAGAGGGUGGAGGAUGUGGACUGGUGCCCCAAGAAGAGACGGAAAUUCUCCCGGAAGGAGCCGCCAGUCAUCACCAAGUACAUAAUCAUCAACCGCUUCAAAGGACAGAGACGCAUGUCUGUGAAUCUGGGCAGGCUGGACCCUGCCGGGGACGCUGCCGUGAGCCUGGACCCUGCCGGGGAGAACCACUACUCCUCUCUGUCUCCACUGAAAGACUUCUGGCAGGAGAGGAGGAGGGAGCGGGAGGAGCAGCUGCGGCUGGCGUCCAGAGAUAAACAGCAUCUGAACAGGCGCCGCCACCACCCCUUUAGUUCCAUGCACCCCAAACGGAAAUACAAGAUAGCCAACAGGCUGUGUGUCCAGAGGAUCCCCCAGACAGGGGAGGGAUCAGCAGCAGCUCAGGACUCAGGUUCUACCCCCUCUGUCUCUGAUCAGGCUGUUACUACAGAGGAGGGGGGAGGGGGAAGAGCACCGUUAGAACCACAGGACAUCACACACACCGGAACAACCAAGAGGAGCCGCACCCAGGAGAGAGAGGAGAGGGAUGGGAGGAGGACGGGAGGAGGGAAAACAGGGAGGAUAAGGAAAUUCAAGAGCCAAGCCAGGCUGAGCAGUAACAAGACAAUGAAAGAGGGAGGAGCAGGUAGGAGAGCGGAGGGGGAGAGCGUGAUGAAUGGAGUGGCGGAUGCCGGUACUGCUGCUGAUGCUGGGGUGUUAACCAACCAGGAGGCUGCUGGCAGCGUACGAGUGGCAGACAUCAGCUCUAACACACCCAGUCCCCCUUUCUCCUCCCUGGAUCCCACCAACCAGCAGUCAUUCCCCUUCACCUCCUCCUCCUGCGCCUCUGUCCUCAUCUCUUCUGACCAAGCUGUACCUUCUGGGGAGAGGGAGGAAGAGGUGUCAGUGAUCCCAGGGGGGUACCUGCAGACCCUACUAGAUUCCUCAGACUCCUCCAGGAGGGUAGGUAUCACCUACUACCCCCAGCAUCCCCCCACGCAGAACUAUCCCCCAGGUCUCUCUCUAGAGGAAAAACAGCCCCCCAGGCAGAACUAUCCCCCAGGUCUCUCUCUAGAGGAAAAACAGCCCCCCAGGCAGAACUAUCCCCCAGGUCUCUCUCUAGAGGAGAAACAGCCCCCAGGCAGAACUAUCCCCGGGUCUCUCUCUAGAGGAGAAACAGCCCCCAGGCAGGACUAUCCCCCUGGUCUCUCUCUAGAGGAGAAACAGCCCCCAGGCAGAACUAUCCCCCUGGUCUCUCUCUAGAGGAGAAACAGCCCCCCAGGCAGAACUAUCCCCCGGGUCUCUCUCUAGAGGAGAAACCGUUUUCCUCCCUGCAGCUAGUCCAGAGCUGUGUCCUCUCCCCUCCCUCCGAGUCAGAGCUCCAACAGUCCCCCCAUCUCUGUCCC